CAAUAAAUAGGCAAUCAAGUUACACAGAGCAUCUCAUCAGGAAAAUCAAUAUUCACAGAGAGAAACGAAAUUUGCUUAGUUUGUGGGGAAAGAAAUUGUAAUGGCUUCUUCCAAGAUAUGCAUCAUCAUUGCCAUUGCAGCUGUGUUUGUUCCUUCAAUUUUGGCUACAGAAUUUGUGGUUGGUGAUGAGACAGGAUGGACUACCAACUUUGAUUAUCAAGCUUGGGCUCAGGGAAAGGAGUUCCAUGUUGGAGACAAACUUGUUUUUAGGUAUUCACCAGGAGCUCACAAUGUGAUCAGAGUUAAUGGAACUGGAUUCCAACAAUGUAAGGCACCUGAUGGCGCGGAGGCCUUGACCACUGGAGAAGAUACUAUCCCACUCACAUAUCCGGGCAAGAAAUGGUACAUUUGUGGUGUGAGCAACCAUUGUGAGUCUAAGAACAUGAAACUUACCAUAACCGUGUUGUCGGAGUUGGGAUCUCCAGCGACUUCACCUUCUCCCAACCAAACCCCAGUACCGGCAUCAACAGGCAACAUUGCUUUAUUAGGAUGUUGUGGGUGGAUUAUUGUUGCCAUAGCUGGAAUUCUUGGAAUGGUCAUGGUUUAAUCUAUGGUCGUACAAGAAUAAUUCUUUUAUUUCUGGUUAAGUGUGUUUGAAUUCUUUUGGCUUGUAAUAGUGUUUGAUUGCUUGGAAUUUAUUUUAAUCAAAAUGUUUCACCAAGUAUGUUAAUUUAAGAGGCAAGUUAUUGCCUGCUUCGCUA